CGGCCCCGCUCACACCUGCAGGAGUCCCCGCUGCAGAGGCUGAGCUCAGCUGACUGUCCCAGCGUCUGUUAUUAUGUCCGCCAACGGGCGCCGCCAACACCCAAACACAGUGCGGCAGAACAGGCAAGCGGCGCUCAGCCGCGCGUCUAAUGACUGAGUGCGCAGGAAGGACAACCAUGAGUCACGAAUGAAGUCUGCAGGAUGUCUUUCAAGAAGGAAACACCCCUGGCUAAUGCCGUGUUUUGGGCAGCGAGGAAGGGAAACUUGGCUCUGCUUCAGCUGCUGCUCAACAGCGGCCGUGUGGAUGCAGACUGCAGAGACAGUGUACGGACGCUGCAUGUCCUGGCUGCUCACCUGCACGCUUUAACCAUAACCCACCUGUGUAUGGAACAACAGCACUCAUGGUUGCUUCAUACAGUGGCCAUUACGACUGCGCUAAGGAGCUAAUCAUGCAGGGGGCAGACAUCAACUACCAGAGAGAGACAGGUUCUACGGCUUUGUUCUUCGCCUCCCAGCAGGGACAUCAUGACGUUGUGAAGCUCCUUUUUGAAUUUGGUGCCUCCACUGAAUUCCAGACAAGGGAUGGUGGCACAGCUCUCACGGUUGCUUCUCAGUAUGGUCACGCCAAGGUAGUGGACAUCCUGUUGAAGAAUGGAGCCAAUGUGCACGAACGGCUUAAUGAUGGUGCCACCCCUCUUUUCCUUGCUGCCCAAGGAGGUCAUGUGACUGUGAUUCGUCUGCUGCUGUCGUCUGGUGCAAAGGUUAACCAGGCCAGGGAGGAUGGUACUGCACCAGUGUGGAUGGCGGCUCAGAUGGGCCACAGCGAGGUGGUGAGGGUGCUACUCUUACGUGGAGCUGAUCGGGAUGCUGACAGACAAGAUGGCUCAACAGCUCUAUUCAAAGCAGCCAUGAAAGCACACACUGGUGUCAUAGAGGAACUCCUGAAAUUCUCUCCUUCCCUCGGCCUGCUCAAGAAUGGCUCUACCGCCCUUCAUGCUGCCGUCAUGAGUGGAAAUCUUCAAGCUGUUCAGCUGCUACUUGGGACCAAUGCAGACCCCACACAACCCGAUAUGAAUAACGAGCUCCCUGCAGAUCUUACAAAGAGCAACCGUAUCCUAAAGGUUUUACGUCCGAAAGCUGUUAAUGGGGACAGUUGAUGACAACCCAGCUUUCUGCCUUCACGCCUGCCUGUGUCGCACCGAUGAUGUGUCAUGAAAAGAAAUACAACAACGGUGUCAAAACUACUCAACUGCAGCAUUUACUAUACCCGGUGCUUUCUUUUGAUUGUGGCUGAAACAAAGACAUGAAUAUGCUGAACAAACCUGGACUAAAUAUAGAGUAAUACAAAGUAUAUUUGCCUGCCAUCAUCUUAUGUAAACUGUUAUUCUUCAAGAUGUGCAUUUAUUUGUUUUACCCCUGGUGUUAUACGAUUUCUAGAUAUUUUCCGCACUAUGUGUUGCUUUUUUUAAAUAAACACGGGGAAAGGGAGUGUGGUAUUUUAUUUGACAUUUUAUACAAAUUAGCA